GUAGGAAGGCAAAAAAAAAAUAACAUGACUGCUGCAAUUUUGUUGUGGGGAAUUCUUUUCCUUUCCACCCAACUUCGGAUAUCUUGGACAGAAAGUACUACAUGUGUGAGUAACGACGUGUUCACAAAACUCAAAGAAGUAGACAAACUCAUCCAUAAGAUCAUAGGAUUUCCUCCGGAAAUAAGGCAAAUACCGUCGGAUUGUACCGAUAUUAAAAAACAGGGGAUUGAAAAUUCUGGCAUUUACGAAAUACGAGUUAUGAAAAAUGAAACAACUCCUUUUUGUUUCAAAGUGUAUUGCGAUAUGAAAACAGACGGCGGUGGAUGGACGGUGUUCCAAAGAAGAGGAGAUUUUAAACAACCUGUUUCCUAUUUCUAUAAAGAUUGGAAUAGUUAUGCGGAAGGAUUCGGAAAAAUGGAAGAAGACUUUUGGUUAGGCAAUGAAAAAUUAUAUUAUUUAACAAAUCAAGGAAACUAUUAUCUCAGGAUUGAUAUGAAAGACAAAGAAAAUGCGACAUCAUAUGCCCAAUAUGGAGAAUUCAGAAUUGGGAACGAAGAAAAUUUGUAUAAAUUACAUGUAAGGAAUUACAGUGGUGAAGCUGAAGAUAGUCUUCUUCGGAAUCACACCAACAUGUUUUUCACUACAUUUGACAGAGAUAACGAUAAAGCAAAUACUACUAAUUGCGCCCAAUAUUGCGAAGGUGCAUGGUGGUAUAACGAUUGCCACUUUUCGAAUUUAAACGGCUUAUAUUUGAAUGGCAAGAACGAACUCAGAGGAAAAGGCAUAGUAUGGGGCACUUGGAAAGGUGCAGACUAUUCAUUACCCUUUGUUGAAAUGAAGAUUCGUCGUAUAUAAAAUCAAAUAUGUGUGUAUAAAGAUUUCAAAUAUGAACAUAAGAAAUAUAUG